AUGAAGCCAUUGCUCCUAACGAAAAUCCAACGAUACCAGGACACUGGCUGGUGGGAGUCCAAGCAGGCUCCCCAGGCAGCACCCAUGAUAUGCAUUAUGAAGAAGAGUGGAAAAUUACAGACAGUUGUUGAUGCGCAUAAACACAACGACAACACCGUAAAGGACGUAACUCCAUUCCCAGACCAGGACCAGAUACGCAUGGACGUGUCUCGUGCCAAAUACCGGUCGAAGAUUGACUUGUCCGACGGUAUGAACAAAUACGGGUGGCAGCAGAGGACGUCCGGAAAACAGCAUUCUCCACCCCAUACGGUACAUUCGUAA